GCUAAAGCACAAAAUGGUGGAAAAUGUCAACUCUGUUAUUGUCAACUCUGUUAGUGGUUUAAAAAGUUUAACGUUAACAGAGUUGACAAUAAGUAACAGAGUCAAAUGUUCCCUAUCACAUUUAAGCAUCUUGCAUUAUUUUACAUUUAUUAUGGAUUCAUUUUAUUGUAAAUUAUACAUUUGUUGUAUAUCAUUCCAGGUUAAGGAAAAUGAAUGAUAGGUAAAUGAAGCUGUCAGCAGCAGAAAGGCAGCGGCAAUACAGGGCACGGCGAGAUGCCGACCCUGUAAGGAAGGCAGAAAAUUUGAGAAAGGACAGAGAAAGACGGGACAAAAGGAAAACUGCAGGGCAGACAAACAAAGUGGCUGAUCUGGGUGAAAGGGAGAAAAGGUACAAGCGCAGGUAUUGGAGAGAGACACAGCAGAGGUGCAGAGAAAACAGGCAGAGACUUGUAGAGAUGACACCACCACAAAGUCCUGAACCAGACCAAGAACCACAGAUAUCCAGACAAAGGCAGUCAGGACGAAGAAAAAUCAAACGGGAGAACUCCAAACUAUACAGAGAAAUAGAAAAAUUGAAGAUUUUGCUGAAAAAGAAAACAACCGCUGUCCGAAAAUACCAGAAACGCCUUCAGAGACUGACGUGUGUGUCUGAAUCCCCUCGAUCAAAAACACGGAAGCAGUUAAGAAGACAUAAAGUCCCUGCAGAGAUUCAAAAAACCCUCUUUUUUUCAUAAUGCACUGAUAAAUCGUAUCAGACAAAAGUACCAAGACACUAAAGAGAGAGUGCGUCAGUUUAUUUCACAAACUGUGUCAGGAAAGAUAAUAAAACAUUACAAACUACAGAA